AUGUCAUUCCUUUUCCUUGAUGGAUGGGAUUUGCGAUCGAUAAGGAGUUCGAAAAUGAACUUUCCGUCCACCGUAGACCGCAUGGUGCAGAAACUGGAAACGAUAUCGCAACAGAGCCUUGCACCUGGAGAUUUGGCGGCAAGUCAUGCAGUUGCAGUGCGCUUCAGUCUAUUCGCAGAGAAGAUGUGCCUUUGCAAGAAAUUGUACGCGAACAAGCUCAAAGCAGAAGCCGACCACCCAACUCCAGGUCUUGACACUAGUGCACUUCCGGAUAGCAUCUCGAUGGAGGAGUUGUUCGAGGGCUUCGAGGACAGCAUCUGGCCAGACCUCACGGCUGAUUGGAAUGCCAAUAUGCAAUUUUAG